AAGAGAAGAAGGUCUGGUGUGUAGUUUGUGCUAACCCAGAACCUGCAAUCUCUGAUGUUAGCAAUUGUUGUUGCAUCUCUGAUCUAACGUAACAUUCUUCCAUCAAAUCCAAAGUGUUGUGUAGGGUAAUGGAAAGAGAUAAAGACAACAAAUCCCCUCCUCUGCCACCUUCGUCUUCCUCAUCCCAACCUUUCAGCCAUGACAUCGUCGGAAUGCCCGAUAAUCCAAUCAAAAACAGGGGCCAUAGACGCGCCCAUUCCGAGAUUAUCACCCUUCCCGAUGACCUCACCUUCGACACUGAUCUCCCCCUCGAUGACGACUUCCUCGCCCUCGUAGAUCAUAUUAACUCCCCGCCUUUGCCUGAAGAUGACAACAAAAUUAUCGUCAACAACAACGAUUACAGCAGUAACAAUCACGAUAACAACGUUGGUAACGAAAGGCCGAGGGUUAGACACCAGCAUAGCCAUUCCAUGGAUUUGUCCAUCCAGCCGGAGAUGCUGGUCUCCGGUGCCGAUGAUGUGUCCGGCGUGGAUACCAAAAGGGCUAUGUCUACUGACAAGCUUGCUGAGCUUGCCUUAAUUGAUCCCAAGCGGGCUAAAAGGAUAUGGGCAAACAGACAGUCUGCUGCAAGAUCAAAAGAAAGGAAGAUGCGUUACAUUUCUGAGCUUGAAAGGAAAGUGCAGACAUUGCAAACAGACGCAACAUCCUUGUCUGCACAAUUAACUCUCUUGCAGAGAGAUACAAACGGACUGAAUGCUGAGAACGGUGAGUUGAAGUUGCGGUUGCAAACGAUGGAGCAACAGGUUCACUUGCAAGAUGCAUUAAAUGAUGCAUUAAAAGAAGAAAUUCAGCAUUUGAAAUUAAUGACUGGACAAGCCAUUUCAAAUGGAGGACACUUUGCUUCAUUUGGUGGUGGGCAACAAUUCUAUCCCAAUAAUCACGCCAUGUACACUCUUUUGGCUGCACAAAAGUUUCAACAACUUCAAAUUCAAUCCCAGAAGCAGCAGCAGCAGCAUCAACUUCAGCAACAACAACAACAAUUUCAGCAACAACAACAACAACUUCAACAUCAACUACAUCAGCAACAGCAACAACAGCAACAACAAACAACAGCAGCAGGUAGUGUAACAUCAACAAAUGUGGUACUUGAAUAAGGAGGGGGCACAUAUAACUCUUUAUGAAGUGUAAAACCCUUCAGCAACCGAUGAUUAUACAGACUACAAGUUGCCUUCUCUUCAUCACCUUUUUAUUUAACCUGUCUUGUCUUUUUAGAGUUUGUGUAGGUCACAGUCAUAUUAUAUUUCUUACUCAUGAGAUGGUCCCAGUUAGAGAUUCAGAAUUCUUCACUGUAAAAUUCUUUGGUACCUUUUGUUGGAUCUGCGGAGCGGAUUUAUGUUUAUUGAACCUUCUUCUUUCCAUUGCUUUACCCUA